UCUCCCAGCACCCCGGCCGGCCGCGAAAGGCGGAGCGGACGCCUGGCGCACUAAAAGUGACGUCAAACGAGGCCCCGCCCGUUACAUCACUUCCGGGACGCUUCCUUCGCGGAGCCUUGUGGGUAGCCGGCCGGGGUCUCCUGGCGACGACGAUGGCGGGGGAUGUGGGCGGUCGCAGCUGCACUGAUUCGGAGCUGCUGCUGCACCCGGAGCUGCUGUCCCAGGAGUUCCUUCUCCUCACCCUGGAGCAGAAGAACAUAGCCGUUGAAAAUGAUGUAAGAAUAAACAAAGACAAUCUUACUGAUCUUUAUGUUCAGCAUGCAAUACCGUUGCCUCAGAGAGAUUUGCCAAAGAACAGAUGGGGGAAAAUGAUGGAAAAGAAAAGAGAGCAACAUGAGACGAAAAACGAGACUAAAAGGAGUGGCACUGUGGAUGGGUUAAGGAAAAGGCCCCUCAUUGUGUUUGAUGGAAGUUCAACCAGAACAAGCAUCAAAGUGAAAAAGACAGAGAAUGGAGAUAAUGAUCGACUCAAGCCUCCCCCUCAGGCAAGCUUUACCAGUAAUGCCUUUCGAAAAUUACCAAAUUCGUCUUCCAGUGUUUCACCCCUAAUUUUGUCUUCCAAUUUGCCUGUGAACAAUAAAACGGAACACAAUAAUAAUGACACUAAACAGAACCAUGACUUAACGCAUAGGAAAAGUCCUUUGGGUCCUGCAAAGUCCCCACCUUUGUCCCCUGUUGGAACUACUCCAGUGAAGUUAAAGCGAGCUGCUCCUAAGGAAGAAGCGGAGGCCGUGAAUAACCUGAAGCCCCCAGAAGCAAAGAGGAAGAUACAGCAUGUUACAUGGCCAUGAAGGAAAGUUUCCAAAAAUGUAAAUAUAACUGUAACUGUAGUUUUUCAAGCAAGUUCACAUAUAUUGACAGUAUUUACAGAGAUCCUGAUUAUUGUGGAAUUUUCCAAAGAGGUUUCAAAUUAGGUUUGAAAAAAGUCUUUCCUUUUCCCUUCCUCCUUUUUUGUUUUUUUUAAUUUUUGCAUUUUGUUCCCUGAUUUGGAAGGAAUUUCUUUUUCAACAAGUGGCUUAGUGUGAGUCAUUUAUAGCGAUCCUAGUCAAUUAUUAGCUGCAAGUCUGGUAUAAAGCAUCUGAUGACUUUUAAGAAUUAUUCUCAUUAGCCUGUUUUAGUCUUUGGGGAAAUUUGAGGUUUUGUUUAAGCUCAAAUCUUCUGGAAGUUCACCAUUUUUAUUUCUUUUCCCUAGCAAAAGAAUUUGACAGUUUAUCCCAACAUUUUAGUAAAUACUGCCAAACUCCUCAAGGUUCACCAAUAAAGCAUAUUUGUAGUGCUGCCGAUAAACUAUUCAGAAUAUACAGAUGAAACUGCUAUUCUCCAAGUGCUUACAUUGCCUUUCCCCAUAAAAAUCAAAAGGUAAAUCAGUGCUUGCUGUUGCUCCUUCCCUUGAAGUCCCGACAGGAUUGGUCUGUUAGGAGCCGACUGGUCGUUCUCACAGCUGGUCUGCCCUUUAAGAUGUCCUGGCCGUGUAGUAGCCCUACCUGCUGUUUUCGUGAGCAGUCUGUGAUCUCAACUCUGAGCGCAGGGAUCGCUCCUUCCCUGGUGCUGCAGCUUUUCAAAAAGAAGCCAACUGUAAAACCUUCAGGUGUGGUCAUGUUCAAGAUGGCACCCGAUGGCAGAAGGUUUAGAGAGUAGGAAGAGGGGGAUGGAAUUCUAGAACUUCAGAGAGUCCAGGAAGGAUAGCGGUGAGAGGGAAGCUUAGUGUCGUCUGGAGUAGGCAGAAGACAAGAAGAUACUGAAGCCAGAAGUCACCCCAGAGUGGCAGCAUGGGAGACGAGUACCAGCUGGACGGGGCCCCCUGCUGGGGUGACGGGGACAGCUCCCCGCAGGACUGUCUGUCACACGCACAAGUUAUCCACUGAGGUUGUGUGUUCCUGUUGGAAUGGUGUCACCAUCCCAUUUGUGUGGUGGGAAUCAGUGGGAAAGUAGGGUAUACCUUAGAGCCGUGAGUUCUCAUGUCCACGUUUUGCCUUGUAUUUCUAACCAAGUGCAGAGGAUACUUUAUACUUUUUUCCUUAUGUGAUCGAUCUUCAAAUUGGGGUUUGCCUUUUCUUUACUUCUGACAGCAGUCUCGUUCCUCUUUUGAUUUGUUAACGCAAGUAUUUUAGUUCAGCUCUCAAAUAGCCUUACAAAAAGUUCAUUCAGCCUUGCAGGUACAUAUGGUACUAAAACUUUAACCCUACAGUUUUUAGCCAUUCUGCCUUUAUCCAGUCGAUAAAUCUAUACAUACGAGACAAAAUUGGUACACACGAUGUGUUGCAUGUUGUGCUAAAUCAGUAACUACAUAGUUACCUGCGGGGCUGAUGCGUGUAAUACUGUUGAAGGACAACUGUAACCCUCUACAUAACUGUAAAAGGAGAUUUUAAAAAUGCAGAUUUUAGAGUAGAAUGACAGAUUUUUGUAUUCAGUUGUCCCUGCUGCUCCCAUCUGCAUUCUUUCUUAGUUAAGAGAGAGUUAGCCAUUUGACAGUUUUAAGUCAGUGGAAACUUAUUUUUAGUUACUCAAGAAAAUUAAUUUUUAAUUUGUAUAUUUAACUUACAGAGUAGGUUGGUAAUAACAGCUGAACUGUGUAACAUUGUUGCUUCAAAUUGAAGUUUAUAUUACGAACAUUCAGAAUCAAUGCUCAUAUGGCAGCAUAUUAUUGGGCUAUUUUGAGUUUGAAAUGUGGAGAAGUGGGAAACCAUGGACUGUGUAUUACCUAAUGCUGACAUCUCAGAGCGCUGUGCCUUCUCAAGGUGUUUACAUACAGCUGGUCUUGAGAUGUCUUCCUCCACAUGACGAAGCCUACUGAAUGAUGGGACUUUGAGGCAGAAGUGUCGGCAAUCUUAGGUUUUGAAGGGUUCCUUUGGUGUGCUUUAAAGCUUACAAGGAAUUGAGUUGAAUGGCAAACGAUUUGGAAUACUCUUGACUCACGAUCAUUGUAAUAUUGUUACUAUCGAUUUCCUGUUUCAACAGAGCCAGCUUUUUUUGGGGGGGGGGGGUGGUAGGCAGACGAAUGGCAUUCGAGUCAGUGAGUGGCUUCUGAGGUGUAGUUAUGAGCACUUGACCACUUCCGCCACUGGCAGGUGGUCUUGCUCUUUUCUUCCCCAACUUCUUUGUUCUCGGUUUCUUUUUUCUUAUUCUCCUUUUCCAUAUUUUAACUUUCUUUGCUUCUAGUCUCCAUCCUCCUUUCUGCAGACCCUAAGCAUCAGGCUUAGGUUUGCGGGUCAUAAUGCCUGGCCCUACGCAUUCAUUGAGGAGUGAAGAUAGGAUAACCCCCGUUCCUCUUACAUUUGAGGGAUCAUAGACUGCCACGUGAAUUCUGGAAGUCUCCAGCCCCUGCAGCACCAAAGGCCCUAAAUUGCUUCCCAGUGGCCGUAAAGGCAGUGCAGUUUACCAAAAUAGCUUUAUUAAUCUAGACGGCUACGAGACACUUUGGAAAGUUGGUUCAACUACCACUAUGAGGCCAUAAUAUUUUUGCUAGUAUUAAAAUUCCUCAGAAUUGUAAUUAUUAUUUGAAAUAAUAUUUUGGUUGACUUCGUUUUCUGAGAGAUGAUUCUAAAACUGGUCUAGAGACUCAUUCAAUAGCAAUGACCUUUUAAAAACUUACAUUAAGUAAAACUGCCAGUAGCUUAAAUCAUACACGUGUAAGAGCUUCCUCUAUUUACUACUGUGGACCUUCAGUAAUUUUAAGAGGUUACAAAACGGUCAAAAUGUUUUUAAGCGUGCUCUUUUAUUAAAUGCUUGUGCAGGUUUUGUAAUUCAGUACAGAGAGUUUAACCUUGUAAUGUACAUUUUUGUAUGUAAAGGUCUUUUAAGUAGCCUUAUCCUUAUUUAAAUAAACUGAAUAAAAUUAUUGAGUAGGUCUGUCAUUCAUAAAAAAAUAAAAUGGAAAAACAUUC